UACCCUUCUCCCCCCAAAACCGUACCCUUCUCCCCUGUUCCACCUACUACUCCUCUCUUUCAUUCCUCGUUUUCUGGCCCAUUACCCGGAUUGGAAUUUCGCAUUUUGCUGCGGUUUCUAUAACACCCAGAUCGCUCGUAUGUUUUUUUUGAUCGAGCUGUUUUGAAGGGCGGGUUGGAGCUUGGACUGAAUUUUUUAGCGGUUUUGGAGUGUGAAUGGGGGUUGAGAGGACGUUGCCUAAUCGCAAAGAGAAUAAGGCGCUUCAUCCGUCGCCGGAGGAGACGAAUUCGAUCAGCAAGCCCAGGAAGUGCCGGCGACGUCAUCGGAAGAUGUCGCCGGUGCAGAAACUUUACGAGACGUGCAAGGUUGUGUUUUCCUUGUGCGGGGCCGGGGUUGUUCCCUCCUCCGAAGAUAUCCAAAAGUUAUGCUCUGUUUUGGAUGCUAUGAGACCUGUCAAUGUUGGUCUAACUCCUGAAAUGCCAUACUUUCGACUUACAACAGCUAGGCGGUCACCGCCAAUAACAUAUUUGCAUCUGUUUGAGUGUGAUAAAUUUUCAAUGGGGAUAUUUUGUUUGCCGCCUUCGGGUGUAAUUCCAUUGCACAAUCACCCAGGAAUGACGGUUUUCAGUAAGCUUCUUUUCGGGACAAUGCACAUCAAGUCAUAUGACUGGGUGGAUGCCCCUGAGAAAACAUCAACAAUUGAGAAUCAGCAACCGGCAACUGAGAAUCCGAUUCCUUCUGAAGUUAAUGCAGUUCUACCUCCUGCCACCCGCUUGGCAAAAGUGAAGGUUGAUGCUGACUAUACUGCUCCUUGCAACACUUCAAUUCUCUAUCCUACUGAUGGAGGCAACCUGCAUUGCUUCACUGCAUUGACGGCAUGUGCGGUGCUUGAUGUGCUUGGCCCUCCAUAUUCUGAUCCCGAUGGUCGCCACUGCCAAUACUACCUCGAUUUCCCAUUUUCUCAGUUCACAGUUGAUGGCGUAUCGAUCCCUGAAGAGGAGAAGGAAGGUUACGCAUGGCUUCAAGAGAUUGAGAAACCAGACGAGCUAGCUGUAGUUGGGGAGCUGUACAGAGGACCAAAAAUACAGGAGAAAUGAUGAUAUUUUCUCCUUCCAUAGCUAUCAACUUCAUACCGUAAGAGUACACUAGUGUCUCACCAUUCAAUCUCCUGCUCGUAUCCAUCCAUCUAUAUCACAGACAUUCCAAUUCCCCCUAAACCAUGUUGCAUAAAUUCUGUGCAUCAGCAGUAGCCACAGUCGUAGAAUUUAUGCUUGUUUUUUCUGUUUCUUUUCUGGUGUUGGUUGGACAUGAAGCACACUCAAAAGUCUGCUUUUUAAAUUCAUGUACAUACUCAGAAAGGGAAAAACAACUAAAUGAAGGGAAGUACUGUGAUUCCUAAGCAGGUCCCUGGAAAUGAAAGUUGCACUUAUUAUCAUUA